AUGGCCGAUCAAAGCAGUGCUGACGGCGGCGAUACUGAAGCCCAGAGACGCGCGUCGGAAAGACGUGUUUCUCAUGCCCAUACUUCUCAUCCGGAAGAUUGGAGCAAUCUAGAUGAGUAUGGGAGACUUGUCAGGUAUGCCUCAACAUACCGGGAGCCCGGUAUGAGAAUGGAGGAGCAGGAGGAGAUAGAGGAGAGACGAGUCUGGUAUGCUCCUUGGAAGAAGACAAGAGUCCGGGUUAAGAAAACGGAUGUUGAACAAACGCAAUUCCCCGCGGACUGGCUCAUUACAGACAUCCAUCAUGGUCUGUCUAGCACUGAGGUUCACAACAGACGUGCGCGGGUGGGCUGGAAUGAACUUGUGGCUGAAAAGGAGAAUCCGUUUGCCAAAUUCCUAUCCUACUUUCAAGGACCGAUUCUAUAUGUCAUGGAGUUGGCCGUUCUUCUUGCAGCUGGUCUUGACGACUGGAUUGAUUUCGGUGUCAUCAUUGGUAUUUUGUGUCUCAACGCUUGUGUCGGCUGGUAUCAGGAGAAGCAGGCUGCCGAUGUCGUUGCUAGUCUCAAGGGAGACAUCGCAAUGAGGGCUAUUGUUGUUCGUGACGGGCAGGAACAAGAGAUUUUGGCUCGAGAGCUUGUGCCUGGUGACGUAAUUAUUGUCAAGGAAGGUAUUGUUAUUCCAGGCGAUGCGAAGCUUAUCUGUGACUACAAUGACCCGCAUGGAUGGGAAGAAUUCCAGCGAAUGCAAGAGUCUGGCGAUCUCGAAAGCUAUAGCGAAGAGUCCGAAAGCGACAAAGAAGGGAAGGAUGAGGGAGAAAAGAGUCGCAAACGAGGCUUUCCCCUUGUGGCUUGUGAUCAUUCGGCCAUCACUGGAGAAUCCCUGGCAGUGGAUCGCUAUAUGGGAGAAAUGGUUUACUAUACCACGGGCUGCAAGCGAGGCAAGGCCUAUGCAGUCGUCCAGACGUCAGCAAAGACUUCUUUUGUCGGCCGCACUGCUUCCAUGGUGCAAGCGGCCCAGGGUGCUGGUCACUUUGAAAUCGUCAUGGACAACAUUGGUACAAUUCUUCUUAUUCUUGUCAUCGCAUGGAUCUUGGCUGCAUGGAUUGGCGGUUUCUACCGACACAUCCCUAUUGCCAGUCCUGGUCAGCAGACGCUCCUUCAUUAUACUCUCGAGUUGCUGAUAAUUGGGGUUCCCGUUGGUCUCCCCGUUGUCACAACCACCACGAUGGCAGUUGGAGCUGCCUAUCUCGCUAAGAAAAAAGCGAUUGUUCAAAAGCUUACUGCAAUCGAGUCAUUGGCUGGCGUAGAUAUUCUGUGCUCUGACAAAACUGGAACGCUUACUGCGAAUAAACUGAGCAUUCGGAACCCAUAUGUCGCCGAAGGCGUUGAUGUCAACUGGAUGUUUGCGGUGGCUGUCCUGGCAUCCUCCCAUAACACUGAAUCGCUUGAUCCAAUUGACAAAGUCACUAUCCUCUCACUCAGGCAGUACCCAAGGGCGAGAGAGAUUCUCCGGAAGGGUUGGAAAACUGAAUCCUUCACGCCAUUUGACCCGGUUUCCAAGCGUAUUGUGACCGUUGCAAGCUGUGAUGGAGUCAAAUAUACGUGCACGAAAGGCGCCCCGAAGGCAGUGCUGGCAUUAACAAAAUGUUCCAAGAAAACUGCGGAUUUAUAUAAGAAUCAAGCCCAGGACUUUGCCCAUCGUGGAUUCCGCUCCUUGGGCGUGGCAGUUCAGAAAGAAGGCGAGGAAUGGACGCUUUUGGGCAUGCUACCAAUGUUUGAUCCACCCCGAGAAGACACUGCGCAGACAAUUAAAGAAGCCCAGAAUCUUGGCAUCAGUGUCAAAAUGCUUACUGGAGACGCCCUUGCUAUCGCGAAGGAGACCUGCAAGAUGCUUGCUCUGGGAACGAAGGUGUAUAAUUCUGAUAAGCUCAUUCAUGGAGGUCUCAGUGGUGCUAUGGCGCUUGACUUAGUUGAAAAGGCAGAUGGGUUUGCCGAAGUGUUUCCAGAACAUAAAUAUCAAGUUGUCGGGAUGUUGCAAGACCGAGGCCAUUUGACAGCCAUGACUGGAGAUGGCGUUAACGACGCACCAUCAUUGAAAAAGGCAGACUGUGGCAUUGCUGUUGAGGGGGCAUCAGAAGCAGCGCAGUCUGCUUCUGAUAUUGUUUUCUUGGAACCAGGAUUGUCAACGAUCAUCGACUCUAUCAAAGUUGCUCGUCAGAUAUUCCACCGCAUGAAGGCGUAUAUUCAAUACCGGAUUGCUCUCUGCUUGCACCUAGAAAUCUACCUAGUAUCAACUAUGAUCAUUCUGAAUGAAAGCAUCCGCGUUGAAUUGAUUGUCUUUCUGGCGCUUUUUGCCGAUCUUGCGACUGUUGCAGUGGCAUACGACCAUGCAUCUUUCGAACUGCGCCCGGUGGAAUGGCAGCUACCUAAAAUCUGGGUUAUUUCGGUCCUUCUUGGACUGUUACUUGCACUGGGGACAUGGACGAUCCGAGGAACCAUGUUCCUGCCAUCUGGAGGCAUUAUCCAGAAUUGGGGUUCAAUCCAGGAAGUCCUGUUCCUCGAAGUUGCCCUCACUGAGAACUGGCUUAUCUUCGUGACAAGAGGCAUGGAAACCUGGCCAUCCGUCCACCUGGUCACUGCCAUUCUCGGCGUGGACGUCUUGGCCACCUGCUUCUGUCUUUUCGGCUGGUUCACUAAUCAGGACAUGCCUACCAAGCCCUCUGAUAAAUACGUCGAGACCCAUAACGGGUUCACGGAUAUUGUCACUGUCGUCCGCAUAUGGGGUUAUUCUCUCGGCGUGGAGGUCGUGAUCGCCCUGGUGUACUUUGUCCUGAACAGAUUCAAAUGGCUCGACGAGCUUGGUCGGACCAAGAGGAAGAAGGGCGAUAUUCAGAUCGAGAACGUCCUUAGCCACCUCUCACGCUUGAACAUUGAAUAUGAGAGACCCGGAGAGCCGAAGGGACGGUUCUUCCUCAGUGCAACGAAGGAGGAAGAAGAGGCCGAAUGAAAGCAGAAUAGAUCUGAUCUAUGAACCUGUCGCGUUCGUUCUUUCUUGUGUCAUUGAUUUGUAUACGUGCUGAUUGUUUCAAGUUAUUUUUUCUUUUCUUCUUUUUCUUUUUUUGUUUUUUUAACUGCCGAUUGGUUUUAUUGAUACUCAUAAUAUGCAAACUGAAAGCUUGCGAGGGAUUCUGGGUGGCAGGAGGACAGAUACUUUCUUAUUACUCACUACCUUUGUUCUAAUUCUUAAGGUUCUAAUACUAGUAAUAUUCGAUAGAUAAUGAAGAUACCUCUCCA